AUGUACCAUCAACUAAGCAGAGUUACUGGCCGUUUGGUCGCUGCGACCAAUUUGCAGAGCCCACUGUAUCCAAUUGCACCAAUAGCCUUGCAACGAGUGGAGCCGCCGCAGAUCCAAUACAAUACUGCUCAUAUGUCGACUGUAACUGAAGCUUCCGCAUGCGCUGCACCAGGACCCCGAAAGCUGAUUCCCGGCACAAACAUUCCCUAUCCACCUGUUCCAGAAAAAAUCAAGAAACAACAGGAACUUUUCCAGAAAGAAAAUGAUAUCCCAGUGUUCCUGAAAGGAGGUCCCUUCGAUACUAUUCUCUAUCGUUUUACUUUGACCUUGUGUGUUCUGGGUCUAGCUGGAAUUGCCCAAGGGGUGGAGUUGAGCUCUGGGGCGGCGGAGGAGGAGCACAUGACGGGGGAGGAACACUAUCAGGGGGUGGUGAUGCGAUGGGAGGCUGAGCAGUAUUUCCUGCAGCAUCAGGUGGAAGUGGUGCCGGUCGCGGCGGCGGUGGCCGUGCCGGACUCACCACCGGAGCCCGCGAUGGUAGCAGUGGCGUCGGUGAUGGGGCAGGCGGCCUACUGGGUUGCUGCCUCCUCGGCGUCGGAGGUGCCGACC